GUCCAAUUAACAUGACUCACUUGUAUCAAAUACAGCUGUUUGACUCAGAAAAUGUAUAUACCGUAUCACUACAAACAAUAUCUAUCCCAUGGUACCCUCCCUAGUUGACAUUUUUUAAAUGAGCCGAAAUGAAAACAUGGCGGCUUGUAAUGGUAACAUUUCGGACAAAUUUCUAGAAAUCGAGUCGCAGUUGGGCAGUGACGUUUCUUCUCUCAGUUUUGAAGAACCUGUGACCCACGUUUACAACCCGCUUGAAUAUGCACGCGAGCCACAUCGUGAUUUUGUGCARAAAUAUUGCCAGUCAAAAMAGAAAGUUUUAUUUGUYGGRAUGAAUCCUGGACCGUUUGGAAUGGCACAAAACGGGGUGCCAUUUGGUGACCAUCAAUGUGUGAAAGAAUGGUUGCAAAUAAGUGGAGAUAUUCAUAAACCACCCAAYGAACACCCCAAAAGACCCAUUCUAGGGUGGGACUGCACUAGAAAAGAGGUCAGCGGAGCAAGAUUUUGGGGAUUUUUCCAAAAACACUCCAAGACUCCAGAAAAUUUCUUCUUAAACUGCUUUGUGUAUAAUUAUUGUCCUUUAGUCUUCAUGAGUGAAAGUGGCAAAAACAUUACUCCAAAUAAUAUUCCAUUGAGUCAGAGAAAAGCCCUAUUUAUAUUUUGUGAUGAUGUGCUACAAGCCRUAGUCAAGUUAUUAGAUGUUGAUGUUCUUGUAUGCCUUGGGAAGUUUGUGGAGUCUCGUUGUAAGAAAGUUUUUAAAGAUUCAAAUAUUCAGAUAAGUGGACUGAUGCACCCAAGCCCUGCUAACCCAGCAGCUAAUGCAAACUGGGAAAACAUAGCAUUGGAGCAGCUUAAUAACUCAGGAGUGAUGCAAUACAUAACAGCACCAACAUGAACAUUUUAGCAAGGAUUUACAUUUUGAUAUUACCCCUUUUGAAGGUACUGUCCCUUCGAAUAACAGCCAUGACUUCUGGUUUCGUCAAAUUUCCUCCCCGAAAGCAAUGGUUGUUUGCCCAGGUGCAACAUUUUUUUCGGGGAGGGAAAAACAAAUUCACCAAUCGUUCCAUCGGGACCGUUCGUCAUGGAUUGAAGGCCUUAUUACCUACAUUUGACGAAACUGGAAGUCAUGACUGUUAGAAGAGACUAUGUUGAAGGUGGAGAAAACCAAGAUCAAAAGCAAAACUUGCAAUGCAACAUUUUUAGGGUUUAAAAAGUACCAUUCUCUAAUACAGAUAUCAUAUACUAUUUGMAUUGAAUUUUGUACAGUCAAGAAUAAGCAUUUGGAAGCAUUUUAAUUUAUAUUAAAAACAUUUAUUUGAAA